UCUCUCACCGUACUGGAGUCUUGAUCAUUGUAGAACCGAUUUCCAAGAAGAGUACCUGCCUUUGCCUGUAACUUCUUUCUCUUGAUCUUUAUAGGACCCCCAUAAAUUCCCUCAUCGCCAAUAGCAAAUUCAUCGGGGGUUUCAAAUUUCGAAUUUGUUCCCAGAAAAUCAUUCAGUCGGUUGCUUUCUCCAACCGCUUCCAUCGAGCACAUAGCAAUAGUACUGUAGUAGCACAAGUCCUUGAAGUCCAAACUUUAAAAGAAAUUGUUAGAAUCGAACGGUUUUGGAAUUUCGGAGGAGAUGUGGGGUCAAGAACGCCGUGCUCCGGUGGAAGUUGAUGGUGGCGAAACCCCUUGGAGUUGGGGGCCCCCUAUCUGGCUGGGAAGACUCGGUGGUUGUGGUAAUGGUCAAUUGGGUGGUUAUAGUAAUGAAAGCGAGCAUGACUUGGCUGCUAUGGUGAGCGAUUUCUUGGAGAUCGGUAGCAGUGGAACUGAAUCUUGGUAUAGCAGCGACAGCGAUUCCGGUUUCUCCGAUCUCGCUUAUCUGGCGGACAAGAUUUUGUCAUAUAAGCAUGCAGUGGACCAGUAUGAGAGUGACUUGUUAUCAGUGGUUCAUUCCCUAAUUCUUUCUAUCAACGAGACAACACAUAAGCUUGGCAAGCCAGACACAUGUAAUGCUAGCUGCAUCAGAUUUUGUCUGGUGAAGCUCCUGCAGUCUUCUGGUUAUGAUGCAGCCGUUUGUGCAACCAAGUGGCAGGGUUUUGGCAAAAUUCCUGGAGGUGAACAUGAAUUUAUUGAUGUGAUCACCCAUCGUGAAGGCGGAUGCUCUGAGCGUUAUAUCAUUGACAUCGACUUCCGAAGCCACUUUGAAAUAGCAAGAGCUGUUAAAUCCUAUGAUGCAGUUUUGAAUUCUCUUCCGGCAGUUUAUGUGGGCUCCAUGACCAAGCUUAAACAGUUUCUUCAAACUAUGGUAGAGGCUGCAAGAUUUUCUCUCAAGCAGAACUCAAUGCCUCUCCCUCCAUGGCGGUCCCUUGCUUAUUUGGAGACCAAGUGGGAAUCUACCAGCCAGAGAGUAGUCAGUCUUUCUGAGGGAAAUAGCAACAGCACCUGCUUUCGUAGUCAUCAGCACUGCAUUGGGCUAUUAAGGAGGCUGAAAUCUUGUAUUCAAUCUGAAAUCAAAGCAAAAGGAUUGUCAAUGCCCCUAAAACGCGAUAAGAAACAAAGGGCGAAGAGAGACAGAUGGAGGCAAUCUUCAUUCAGGACUUCAUGAAGUCGCUGAGGUUUAGUUGGGUGCAAUACGCAUUCAAGACUGUUCAGGGAGUCAAUGUGGGUUUUUUUUUUGUUUGAGAGAGAGAGGGGGGGGGG